UAGACCCAUACCCGAACACAGGUCGGCUCUAGCCGUAAGGUCCCAGUUCAGGUCCGGGUCUACUGCAACCCGACUUCAAGUGUUUGAUAUGUGUACGACGAAGCCUAAGCCUUGACCUUCCACACCCAAAUUGAUGUGCACGACUAAUCCUACGCCUUAAGAGGCGGACGCUCCUCCUACAAAUAGCAGGCUGCGGCACCAUGGAACCACUUUCGGGGCUGAUUGCCAUGGUCAAUCACUCUUCAACUCUCUCAAGAUCAAGAAUCCACAGAACUCUUCUUAUUUCAAAUUCAAACUGCCCCACUUUCUCUCUCAUCAAAAACCGCUCUUAUUUCAACCCAUCUUCCACUUUCUCUCUCAUCAGGAGCCGCGGCCACUCCUCUGUAGAGGCAUCUCCCAUUUUCUCCCUCAUCCAAACUCGUUCCUUCACGCUAAAACCAACCCAUCAGAACCCUUCCCACUGUGACCCUCUCCUCGCAUGGAGGAGCCUGAACCUCCUCAAACGCUGCAAAAACACCAGAGAGUUCAUGCAAAUUCACUCUCACAUGCUCACAAACAAUGUUCAGAAAGAGAAUUUCUUGCUAGCAAAGCUUGUCGAGCUUCGCGACAUUUCUUAUGCAGAGACCCUUUUCUCUGUUCUCUCUCAUCCAAAUGAAUUUUCAUGGAACACGAUCAUAAGGGGACUGGCCCAGAACAGGAGGUUUCAUGAUGUGUUGAAAUUCUAUCACAAAAUGCUUGAAUCAGGCAUAAAACCAAACAAUUUUACCUACCCAUUUGUGCUCGUAUCAUGUGCAGGCCUACCAGAUUGCAGCUAUGGAAAGAGAGCCCAUUCCUCUCUCCACAAAUCAGGUUUGAAUUCUGUUGAGUUUGUUCAACACUCUUUGAUCACCAUGUAUUCGAAAUGUGGGGUAUUGCAAGACGCACGCAAAGUUUUCGAUGAAAUUCUGGAGAGAGAUUUAGUCUCCUGGAACGCAAUGAUAUCUGGUUAUGCACAAAACCAGAGCCCCUAUGAAGCCAUAGCUCUGUUCAGGCUCAUGAGGAUAUCGGGUCUGGAACCAGAUGAAAUGACGCUUGUUAGUGUUCUAGCAGCCUGUGCAGAUUCUGGAGACAUGGUUCUUGGUCGAUGGAUUGAGAAUUAUGCCGAAGAGAGAGGAUUUGGGAUCAAUUCCUUUAUUGGGUCUUCUCUCAUUGGUAUGUAUUCAAAGUGUGGUAACUUAAUUUCAGCUAGAAAAAUCUUUGAUAGGAUGAGUGAGAGAGAUGUAGUAGCUUGGAAUGCUAUGAUCACUGGUUAUGCUCAAAAUGGGUUAUCGAAAGAGGCAAUCAGACUGUUUUAUGAGAUGAGAGAGAGAGGAGUCGGUGUAGAUAAGAUAACACUAGUUGGAGUUCUCUCAGCUUGUGCUAUGGCUGGUGCCCUGGACUUAGGAACAUGGUUGGAUCAAUAUACACUCUCUCGAGGCCUUCGAAAGGAUGUGUAUGUGGGCACGGCCCUAGUCGACAUGUAUGCAAAAUGUGGGUGCUUAGACCAGGCUAGAAGUGUUUUCAGUGAGAUGAGAGAGAGGAAUGUGGUCACAUGGAAUGCGAUGAUUUCGGGCCUUGCAAUGCAUGGGCAAGGCAGAGAAGCUCUCUCUCUCUUUACGAAGAUGAGAGAGAAACAUGUUGAACCCAACAAUAUCACCUUUGUGGGUGUGUUGUCAGCCUGUGUUCAUGUCGGUUUGGUCGAGGAAGGGAGAGAAUACUUCAAAUGCAUGAGACAUGAGUAUGGGAUUGCACCUCAGAUUGAGCAUUACGCUUGCAUGGUUGAUCUUUUAGGGCGAGCCGGUCUUCUGAAGGAGGCAUAUCGCUUUCUUACGAGCAUUCCAAAGAAACCCGAUGCUGUAGUUUGGGGAACUUUGCUAGGUGCUUGUAAAGUUCAUAGGGAUGUAGACUUAGGGGAGCGAGUGAUGGGUCAUCUCUUAGAAUUAGAACCCGGAAAUUCCGGCAACUAUGUGAUUUUGUAUAAUUUAUACAUUGCUGCAAAGAGGUGGGAUGAGGCUGCAAGGAUUAGAGGGUUGAUGAGAGAUAAAGGAGUCCAAAAAAUUCCUGGUUGUAGUUGGAUAGAGGUGGAGAAUACUGUUCAUGAAUUCCAUGUAAGUGAGGAUUUACACCCUCAAAUGGAGGACAUAUAUGCAGUGUUGGACGUAUUGAUUGAUCAGUUGAAACUUGAGGGAUACUCACCAAAUGGGUACAUUGUUUAAAGGGGUUAGUAAGUAGGAGGAGAGGAUAUUUGAAAAAUAGGACUGAAUUUGGUCACUUCUCAGUUUAGAGAGAAGAAAACAUAGGAUAAUGUUCUAAUUCAAAAAGAUCAGUGUUGUAUAACAAAGGAAUUCAUUCUUUUAUUGUCAUGUAAUUUACUCAAUUAUGACAUCUUUGGCAAUUGUAUUAAACUCUUCUUCCUUGAUGAUGGAUUUCCAAUAAUGAAAUGA